GAAUCCGCAGCAUCUGAGCAUGGAGAGUUUCUCAUUUAAAGGCCAAAUGGUGGAUCUUCCAUAGUCUCUGAUGUAAGAAAAAGACAAGUAGCAUGAAUGGCAAAAUACAGAUAAAAGCAUUUUGAAUUUGUAUUUCCUUUCAUUUUGGCAGUAAACACGACAGAAGUAUAUAAGUGUAUGUGAAUUUUAAUGAGUUUAAAUGUAAUUAUUCCUUAACAGAUAAAAGUCUGCAAUCAUGUCUGAGGUAUCGAAAAAGCCAAAGAUUUCUGCAUCCCGGAGACUUACUCUCAAGACCAAACUGCUGAAAAUGGCAACUGCGAUGCUGGAAAAAGAAAAAGAGGAAAAGAAGCUGGAGAAAGAAAACACUAUAAGUGAGAAAGUCCCUCCACUGCAGCUGUCGGGAUUGUCAGUACAGGAUCUUCAGGCUCUGUGCAAAGACCUGCACCAUAAGAUUGAUGUGGUAGAUGAAGAACGCUAUGACAUUGAAGCCAAGGUGACAAAAAAUAACAAGGAGAUUGAAAACCUGUCUCAGAAGAUCUCUGAGCUGAAGGGUAAGAUGAAAAGACCUGCUCUGAAGAGGGUGAAGAUCUCAGCAGAUGCCAUGCUGGGUGCUCUACUGGGAUCAAAGGUCAAAGAGUCUGUGGACUUUAAGGUCAACCUGAAGACAGUGAAGAAGGAAGAAGAAAAGAAGGAGGAGGUGAGCGACUGGCGGAAGAACGUGGAGGCCAUGUCUGGGAUGGAAGGCAGGAAGAAGCUGUUUGAGUAGAUGCUCCAGGAGAUGCUGUUUUUCAGUGGAAAAGAGUGGAGAUGAGAACAAAGCUAACAUUACAGCUCACUAACAGUAAC